AUGGCUUACACAGAAGAGCGAGGUAAUAUGACUCAAAUUCUUGACAGUCCAGACAUUGAGAAUGGGGAAACCCUAUCUCUUAGUGAGAGUUAUAAUGAGCGCAUUCGUCCACUGCUGGAUACAGUUGACACUCUACGUCGUCUGGGAGUAAUGAAAGAAGGUAUUAAUCUUCCAAGCAUUGUUGUUAUUGGAGACCAGUCAUCUGGGAAGUCAAGUGUGCUGGAGUCUCUCACAGGCAUUAGCCUACCAAGAGGUCAGGGAAUUUGUACACGAGUCCCUGUUGUCGUGAGAUUGCAGAACUGCAAACCGGAGGAACGUCAAAUCUUUAUUGAAUACAAUGGAAAGAAACGAAGCAGCAUUGCAGAAUCGAGUAUAGCAGAAACACUCAAUUCAGUUACAGAGGAGAUUGCAGGAACAGGAAAGGGUAUUGGCGACACUCCAGUAACACUCAAUGUAUGCAAGCCCAAUGCUCCAGAUCUCACCAUGAUUGAUUUACCUGGUAUAUCAAGGGUGCCUGUGCAUGGCCAGCCUCAAGAUAUGUACGAGCAAAUUUCACGUAUCAUAAUGCAAUAUAUAGCUCCCAAGCAGAACAUAAUACUGAAUGUGUUACCUGCUGCUGCGGAUUUCCCCGCCUGUGAGUCCAUUAAAAUGUCCCAACGAGUAGAUAAAAAGGGGGAAAGAACACUGGCUGUUGUCACUAAGGUAGAUAAAGCACCUAAGGGUGUACUAGAGAAAGUUACAGAUGAUGCUGUAAAUAUAGGUUUUGAGUAUGUCUGCGUGAGAAACAGGGUUGGGAAUGAAACUAAUUUUCAGGCAAGGCAAAUGGAGUAUGAACUGUUCACAAAAGAUCCCGACCUUUCUAAAAUUGACAAGACUAUGGUUGGAAUACCUGUGUUGGCCCAAAAGCUUAUAGAGAUUCAAAUGAUAGGUAUCAGUAAACGCUUGCCCAAAAUAGUCAAAAAUAUUGAUGUAACACUUUCGAAGAGGCAGUCAGAACUGAAUGCUUUGCCUCGCAAUAUCUCCAACUCUGGAGAAGCCAUGAUAGAAUUCAUGAGACUCAUGGAUUCUAUCAAAUGUAUUUUGCACAAGCUUGUUGUACAGGGGGGUAUUGAGCUGUUUUCCGCUGCACCUGAAAUGCACUGUAUUGCCUGCCUCCAUAGGAUGUUUGAGAGCUAUUCACAUGAUCUAUCAACAGCAAUCGAAGAAACCCCUGGUGAAUUUCUGGCUGAAGAAGUAAAAUUAAUGGAAGAAGCCCAAGGGAUUAGUCUUCACAACUCACUACCCCAUUCUGUUUUAGCCAGUCUCAUACAAAGCCGUAUCGAGAUUGUGUCAGAGAGAAGUAGGGAUAUAGCCAUAAGGGCUUGCGAAUAUAUAGACAAGGUUGUAUGUCGUGUUAUUGAUAGCGAAACACAAUGCUAUCCCCUCCUUCAUUCAGCUUCACGCAGAGCUUUCCAAGCUCUUAUCGACAGGAAAAAGGAGGAAUGCAUUCAGUUUGUGCUAGACAGCCUCCAAAAACAGAAGACCAUUUUUUUCACCAUGAAUCCUGGUUAUUUGGAGUCUCAGCAAAAUUGGCAAGGAUUGAGGAAAACUUUUAUGAAAGCGAUAAAACAGAAUCAGAGCUCUGUUAUGCUUAAAGGAAUUGGUGAAAUAAAUCUACAAACAGUGCCAAAAGGCCAUAAUCAGCUGGAAGCGGCAUUUGAGAUGAAGAUGAGUGUCAUGGCAUAUUGGAGUAUGGUGAAGAUGAGACUUGCUGACGAGAUUCCUCUCCAUCUUCGCUUUACAUUCCAUCAAAUGGUUCAAAAUGAUAUUGUGAACUUAAUUGUCAAGGAAGUGGUAGGGACUGGAGAGUCAGCAAAGAUGGGUGAUAUUCUCGAAGAGAGCCCGAUAACAACAACUAAGCGGAGGAAGCUUCUCCAGAGCGUUGAUACGUUGAGAGAGUCAAAGUCUACACUUUCAGAAAUCAUUGGUAAGCUUCGAGAAGUGUAG